AUGGCCAUCUCACCGAGCCGCCGGCUGCGCCUGCAUGCUCGGAAGUAUCAUCGUCUGGCUCACAAGUCCCAGGUGAUCAGCAAGUACUCGCAGAAAGCGGAGCACUUCGACAAGGCCGCUGUGCGAAAGCAUGCCGCACACAUUGCCGCCUGGAUCGCCUAUGGCCCAGAGGGCCGGAUUCCGGAUGUGGAGGAACUCGAGCUCUUGAAGAAGUUCAUCGACAAAGUGGGAGCUGGGCUGCUACCUUCGCGGUUAAACGAGGUCUUGCCGGAUGCGCAAGCUGUGCUGCGCAUGGUCUCCACUGGUCAGGUGGGCGAGGGCUGGACACGGGCCGAGCGAAAGCUGCAGAAAAGUCUGCGGAAGUUCCGCUGCUGCAGGGAGCUGGCGGACAAAGCAGCAAUCAAGCAAGCAGCGGACGAAAAGGUGGAAGAGGUCAUAAUUGUUUCGGACACCGACGCGGCCGAGACAGGACCGCAACCUGAGGAAGCCGUACUCCUGCAUGUCGACGAGGACGACGACCUGGAAACUACUGCCGCGUCCGAGCAGCACCUCCAGCUCGUCAGCAAGAUGAACGAGUGGGGCUUCUUGGAUGACGCUCAGAGAGUCGAGCGCGUGCAGCAGGCGGAGGCGGCAGCUCGGCGCCGGCGCAAGAAUGUCAGCCAAGAAGAGCUGGCCGAGGUCAUCAACACGGCUGCCGCAGCCCUUGCUGCUCCCCGCAGACGGGCAACACGGCGAGAAGUUGACUCGGAAGGCUCAGAGGAGGCAAAAACGGCCACGCAGCCGCAGGGUCCGAAGUUUGAUCUGCAACGGCGGGUGCGGGCGCUGCUGCUUGACGCCCUGAAGUUGUGGCGCACGAAACAGUAUGAUCGCUCUGCAAUCGCACACGUGCUGGACUUUGUGCAGAUGAAGAUCAGCAAGUUCGAAGACAACGUCGGCGAGAUUGGAGGAGCUGCUGCUGGGAAAGCGUGGCUGUCCAUCAAGGAUGCAGUUGAGGAGAUGCUGCAGGGGGUAUCUGCAGUCGGUGAGCCCGAGAGCGAAGAUCGCGUUGUCGAAGCUGCUUUCAGGAAAAGGCGACUCGAGCGCCAGAGCGGCAUCCGAGGCAUCAACUGGGACAGGCUUCGAAUGUGCUGGCGCGUGUGGUGGUUUGAAGCCGGCAAGCGGCCCCAACGCAGCUUUCCUGCCACGAACUUUCUCAAGCAGGGUCUCAGUGAGGAGGAGGCCGUAGAGGCGGCAUUGCAGGAAGUCAAAGCUUUUCGCCAGGAGCUGGAGCGGCAGGGCAAGCUGCAGCCCCCAAAGCUUACCUCACCUGCAAUCUCCCCCGUGCGAGGCGUUGCGCACGACAAAGAGAGCGGAAGCUGGAAGGUUCAGCUCACUGACCCAUCCACCAAGAAGCGGGUCCAUGGUGGAAGCUUCCAGACGCAGGAGGAGGCGGAGGCCAAGGCGCAGGAGAUGGGGAAGAAGCUGGGGCUCUCUGUCGAGAGCGGCUUGGUGCCUGUGAGGAAAUUCUCUGAACUCCGUCGCUUUGAGAAGCUUGGCCCGCAGAAAGGUGUGAAGUGGGACAUCAAGGAGCAGUGUUGGCAUGCUCGCUGCACCAUCGGGCUCAAGCACAAGCACUUGCGAGCACGGCCAAAAGAUUUCUCGAAGCUGGAGGUGGAGAAGUCCUGGAAUCAAGCAGUGGCCUGGCGCCAGCAGCAAGAGCAGCUAAUGCAUGAAGCCGAGCACCGAGACAAGGAGCAUGCAAGCGGUACAGUUCACAAGCCGUUGCCCGCAACCAUGCCAACUGACUUCGCCAAGGUCCUGGUUUCCCUGAUCAGCAAGUACUCGCAGAAAGCGGAGCACUUCGACAAGGCCGCUGUGCGAAAGCACGCUGCCCAUGUUGCCGCCUGGAUCGCCUAUGGCCCAGAGGGCCGGAUCCCGGAGGUUGAGGAACUCGAGCUCUUGAAAACGUUCAUCGACAAACUGGGAGCUGGGCUGCUGCCUUCUCGUUUAAACGAGGUCUUGCCGGAUGCGCAAGCUGUGCUGCGCAUGGUUUCCAUUGGUCAGGUGGGCGAGGGCUGGACACGGGCCGAGAGAAAGCUGCAGGCAAGUCUGCGGAAGUUCCGCUGCUGCAGGGAGCUGGCGGACAAAGCAGCCGCCAAGCAAGCAGCAGACGAAAAGGUGGACGAGAUCGUAAUGGUUUCGGAUAGCGACGCGGCCGAGACAGGACCGCAACCUGAGGCAGCCGUACUCCUGCAUGUCGACGAGGACGACGACCUGGAAACUACUGCAUCCGAGCAGCACCUCCAGCUCGUCAGCAAGAUGAACGAGUGGGGCUUCUUGGAUGACGCUCAGAGAGUCGAGCGCGUGCAGCAGGCGGAGGGGGCAGCUCGGCGCCGGCGCAAGAAUGUCAGCCGAGAAGAGCUGGCCGAGGUCCUCAACACGGCUGCGGCGGCCCUCGCUGCUCCCCGCAGACGGGCCACACGGCGCGAAGUUGACUCGGAAGGCUCCGAGGAGGCAAAAACGGCCACGCAGCCGCAGGGUCCGAAGUUUGAUCUGCAACGGCGGGUGCGGGCGCUGCUGCUUGAUGCCCUGAACUUGUGGCGCACGAAACAGUAUGGGUGCUCCGCAAUCGCACACGUGCUGGACUUUGUGCAGGUGAAGAUCAGCAAGUUCGAAGACACUGUCGGCGAGAUUGGAGGAGCUGCUGCUGGGAAAGCUUGGCUGUCCAUCAAGGAUGCAGUUGAGGAGAUGCUGCAGCAGGUAUCUGCAGUCGGUGCGACCGACAGCGAAGAUCGCGUUGUCGAAGCCGCACAUAGGACGGGGCGACUCGAGCGCCAAAGCGGCAUCCAAGGCAUCACUUGGCAGAGGCAAGCGAUGUGCUGGAACUUAAAUCUUUACGAAGACGGCAAGCGGCGCAGACUCUGCUUUCCUGCCACUAAAUUUCUCAGGCAGGGCCUCUGCGAGGAGAAGGCUGUAGAGGCAGCGCUGAAGGAAGUCCAAGCUUUUCGCGAAGAGCUGGUGCAGCAGGGCAAGCUGCAGCCCCCAAAGCUUACCUCACCUGCUAGCUCCCAUGUACGAGGAGUUGUGCACGACGAAGCGGGCGGAAGGUGGCAGGUCCGGCUCACUGACCCAUCCACCAAAAGGCGGGUCCGUGGUGGCACCUUCCAGACGCAGGAGGAGGCUGAAGCCAAGGCGCGGGAGAUGGCAAAGAAGCUGGGGAUAGCCGUCGAGAGCAAGCUGGUGCCUGUGAAGAAACUCUCAGAACUCCGUCGUUUCGAGAAGCUUGCCCCACAAAAAGGUGUGAACUGGGACAUCAAGGAGCAGUGUUGGCAUGCUCAAUGCAUCGUUGGGGCCAAGAACAAGCACUUGCGAGCACGGCCGAAAGAUUUCUCGAAGCUGGAGCUGGAGAAGUCCUGGAAUCAAGCGGUGGCCUGGCGCCAGCAGCAAAAGCAGCUACUUCAUGCGCGAAGCGGAGCACCGAGCAAGCAGCCGCCCAUGUGA